GCCACUUCAGCCCAAUCCAGAAGAGUCUAUGCACUAUUCAGAAAGUUCAGCAAGUACAUCUGUAACUCCUGAAAGAAGGAAACGGCUGCAUUACUUGGGAGAUUUUAAUGAUGAGGAUGUUACAUCUCCAAGUAAAGCAAAAAAAGUUCUUGAAAUAGCUCAGCAGCAAAAUAUCAGCAUGAAAAGAAAAAUUAAAUUGUUAGAUAAACAGAACAAAAGACUGAAGAAGCGUGUGGCCUCUUUAGACGAGCUGCUGACUGAGUUAAAAACUCAGAAUUUAAUAUCUGAUUCAGCGUCAACAAUUUUAGGGUUGUCUGGAGCUGCAGGGGACUUCAUAGAAAGACUUGAAUGUAGUAAUUCAAGAGCUGAAUAUUCAGAAGACCUCCGAACAUUUGCCAUGACUUUAAAUUUUUAUUCGGCAAAAGCAUAUAAUUAUGUCAGACAAAUGUUCAACGACAGUCUUCCCCAUCCUUCUACUUUAAGAAGGUGGGUGGUAUGGUAA